AUGGGCUUGGGUGAGAGGGACUUUGCAGAGGCUGCAGCGCGUGCAGCAGGCGCAAGCCUGGCUGGGUCUCUCAGCAACUUGUCCCUGAGGGAGUUGGCGCUGCGGUCUGGUCGUGAGGCUUUUCGAUCUGGCGAGGAGUGGGGGCUUAGCAAGGCAACAGCUUGGCACUCUGGGUCAUUUGUGGCCAUUAAAGUGCUUGGUGACGAAGCUCAAUGCAGUGGACAAUCUCUGGAGAGCAUUUUGUCAGAGGCGUUGCAACUGGUGCUCUUCAUUGGAAAUUCUUCGGGCAAUCAAGAGUCAUCCAAACAGCUGGCCAGAGCCUAUGGCGUGUACAUCUUCCAGGUGCUCCAAAAAGAUGGCGAAGUUGCCGGGGCUUCCGCGCUGGCCGCCGCCGCCAGUGUCAAGGCCGCAGACUUCAGCGGUUUGCCGCGGCGCAAGGCCGCCCAAGUGGCGGCCAACGUGGCGGCCUUGACGUUGGCCACGGAGGACCUGGGCGCCGCGACCUUUGAGGCGGCCCAAAGCGCGGGGCUGAGCCGGGACGAGGCGAUUUUGGUGGGAGCUGUGGAGGCCGCAGCAGGCAUGAAGAAUCUGGAAGCGGAGGUCGGUAAAAGCGCCGUUCGUAUUGGAAGUGAUCUGGGGAUGCCGCAGUGGAAGGGCAGCCAGGUUGCAGCCCAGGCAGCAGCAAGAUACGCAGCAGACGGUUUCAGUGUGCGCGGGCGCUUUGUCGCUGCCACGGAGGCGUCCGAGGCAGCCCUGGCUGCAGCUGUGGCUGCCGGCGCAACUUCUCGGGCGGCGGCGGAGCUGGCGGCGCGGUGCUCGGCUGAGGUGGUGGCGCAGGAGGGCUUUAUUUUGGGACUGGAUGUGGAGCGCGUGGCCGAGGAAGCUGGUCAAGAGGCUGCGCGCAGCGCCCGGGCUGGCGGACUCUUGCCCGGGCAAGCAGCGCGCCUGGCGGCAGAGGCGGCCGCUUCUGCGGUUUUGGAUGCGUGGAACACAGACAAGCCGGCCGACGACGUGGUGCUAGAUGCAGGCCGGCUGGCUGGAAAGAUAGGAGCAGCUGCGGGCAUGACUCUGAAGGAGGCUGCAGAGACUGCGGCUGCGUCAGCUGCCAAGGCCUCAGCUGUGCUGACUUUGGCCUCCGGAGCCUCGACGGAGAUCGCCGCCCAAGAAGCGGGCAAGGUGGCUGCGCGGGCUGGCUCGAAUGCCGGCAUGAGCCUGGAGGAGGCGGCGGAGGCUGCCGCCCUCGCCUCCGGCCGCGUCGCCGCGGCCGCGGCCGCGGAUGGCGAAAAGGCUGAGGCGGCAGCGCUGGCGGCGUUGCGGCAGGGAGUGGUGGCAGGAGUCCAGCCUGAGAGGGCCACACCGACUGCCGCAGCAGUGGCUGCAAAGAUUGCGAGCGAAAUGGCCGAGUUGCAGAAUGAGAAUGUGGAGAAGGCUGCACAGAGGGCACAAGCAGUGGCAACGGCCAGGAUACAUUUGGAUGCCCUCCUGUCGAAGAAGCGGCCAUUCAACGCCGCUGCCGAGCAAUCGAGCAGGGCCGCUGCGGAAGUUGUGCGCCUGACGCAGGACGUGGGUCAAGCAAUAGCCACCACCAUUGGGAAGAUGGCUGCGAAGGAUGCCAAGGGCGACAAAUCACAGGAAGCCGGUCGUGCGGCAGUGAGAGCUGGCCUUGCUGCUGGUUUGCUGCCAGGCCAAGCCACAGAGGUGGGCGUCCACUUGGCAAUCCAGAUGCGCACAAGGACGGAGAUGCCGAAGCCCAUGGAGAUUGCUGACAGCGCCAAAGAGCUGGCAGCGGCUGCUGGGCUGGCACCUUGUCAGGCUGCCAGCACCGCCACAGCAGCAGCUUGUGCUCACGCUGCUCGUGUGGCAUUGGCGGCAGGGAAGCCGCUUGAGGAGGCGGCUGCUGAGGUUGCGCUCGUUGGCAGCAAGGUGGGCGAGCAGCUGCAGCUCUCGGCCCUGCGCAGCGCCGAGCUGGCCGUGGGCGCAGCGGGCCUUGCCGUGGCGGAGCGCGAGCUGGGGGCGGCCCAGGCGUUGGACGAGGAGCUGCUGGUCUCGGCGGCGCAGCGGGCGGCCGAGGCGGCGGAGGCAGUGGCCGAAGUGGAGGCGAAGCGGGCCGUGGCGCGGUCGGUGGGCCAUGCGAGGGCGCUGGUGGCAGAAAGGCUCGGCCGGGACUCGGUGGCAGCAGCAGCUCGAGCGGCUGCCAAGGUGAUGCAAGCGCACGCGCACGUUUACGAGGUGCAGUCUCUGGCGCUUUCGGUGGCUGCUGACGCCUCUGCCGCACUAGCACUUCAGGACAUUUGCUCCAUUGAAGAGACAGCUUCGCAGGCAGCUGCUGCAGCUGCUCCUGUAGCUCGCGACUUGGGCUUCCCAGAGGAAAGGGUCUGGGAGUGUGCCAGUCUGAGUGCUGGAAGGGCUGCUGGCCACUAUGCGCUCGCUGCGGGCAAUUCCUUGGAGGAUGCAGCCGUGAUGGCUGGCCAGGCCGCGUCAAAGCAGGCGCAAUCUCAGGGCGUGUCUGCUGGAUUGGGCGCCACGGCGGGCGUCACCAUCGCAGCAAGGUUCGCCGCAGAGCAUGGCUUUGGAAUGAAGCACAUUCCCCGUGACCAGACCUUUCAACAGGUGGGCAACAUGGCUGUUGCUACCGGGCGUGCAGUGGGCAUGUACCCUGCUGUGGCUGGUGGAGUGGCGGCGGCAGUGAUUGCGCGCGCUGCGGGCCAGGAAGCGCUGGAAACCGGCAUGUCCAUGGAAGAGGCGACCAAAGAGGCCAGCAAUGCCGCCAGGAAUGCCUGGCUCGGUGCCUUGCUGACUCCGGAUCGUGCGAGCCACCAUGCGGCGGUUUGCGCAGGCAUCUUUGCAGGCAAGGUCGCCCGGAGCCAAUCUUGCAGCCUUGAGGAAAUCGCCGCAGCCAGCGGCCAGGCUGCAGCUCGCGCCGCCUUGGAUGCCAACCAAGGCUUCAGCCAAGCUGGGAGGGCCGCAGCUCUGGCUGCCGGCGCGGUGGUGUCGGAGGUGCUGUGCACGACUGGCAGGCCCGAGGCAGCUGAAGCAGCGGCGCAGGUCAUGGUCGUGGCGUCGGCUCAGGGCAUGAAUCCCAAGGCUGCCGCGGAGCUUGCAGCCUUUGCUGCGGGCAGUUUGGCAGCAGCGCUGAGCCUCUCCGCACGGCAGACGCGGGAGACGGCCGCCUGGAAGGCAGCGGAGGCUGCGGACAGCUUCCUGAAGAGCGGCAGCCUUCCACAGGUGGAGAUCGCUGCUGCUGUGGCAGGCCGUGCAGCAGGCGAGGCAGCGCUGGGCGCAGGCUGCUCCCCCAAGGAGGCCGCAAGGGAGGCCCGCGCGGCUGCAGCUGCUUGGGCCGAGGCCGCUGGGGGCAAUGCAGCCCUGCUGGGCACCUCUGCUGCCCAAGUGCUGAUAGCAGAGUACCCGCUGAGUCACAACACCAAGCCGCGGGACAAACAGCUGGCUCUUGAGCCAGACGAAACGCGCCUGGGCAUCAGGGCAGUGGAGGCAGCUCGCGCCUCGUAUGAGCCCGACCUCAGCUGGGCAGAGCCAUCCAAGAGGAGUCCUCGACGCCACUCUGAGUCGGAGAGGAAGUUUGGCAGUGAAUCAGGGGGUGAGCAGGAUGAGGAGGAUCCAAUGACGCACAAACCUGCCUGGAUGAGGAAGGACUUAGACAAGGAGCUCCAAGAGAUUCAGGCGAUUGAAGCAAACGCAGUUGCCAUCCGCAAAGGUCUGCAGAGCUUGAAGGAAGACAAUGAGGGAGCAGAUGUUGAUGCGGAAGCUGCUGCGCUUAUGCUGGAAUUAAAAGGUCGCAUGCCACAGCCGGGGCAAGCAGCAAGGCACAGCUCUGGUGGUCUUGGGGACAACGAAGCCAUUGCCCUUCUCGCCGAACUUCACGGUGGCCAAUUGCCAGCCUGGCUCGCUGAGGAACCCGCGCGAGAAAGUCAGAGGCCGAGCUCGGGGACGGACAGGCCGUGGCAUGUGGAGGUGAUGAGGAUGAGACAGGCACUUGGAGAGUUGAUCAAGGAUGACUGA